CCAUCCACUAAUCUACACCGGUCUAAGCUCUCUCUCUCUUCCUAAUUUUAAACAUUUUUCUGUUUCAUUUUUCCCUUUAUAAAAUCACCCAAAAAAAAUUAAUCUUCCCGUCGUAGUUCCAGUUGCAAGAUCGUCGUCUUCUUUGUUCAAGUAACGGUAACUUUUCUUCAAUCAAUUUCUCAUCAACAUUAUAAAUUCAAUUCCGCUUCUCUUCUCGAUCCCAAGCUCUUCCCCUAAAAUUCAAUCCUUCAGUUCUUGUUUCUCCCUCCGAGCGUCACUCAUGGCGAAGAGCAUUUUGGUCACUGGCGGAGCUGGAUACAUCGGCAGCCACACCGUUCUUCAGCUUCUUCUCGGCGGCUACAAUGCCGUCGUUGUCGAUAACUUGGAUAACUCCUCCGAGAUCGCUAUUCAUCGAGUCAAAGAUCUCGCUGGAGAUUUAGGGAAGAAUCUCACAUUUCACAAGCUUGAUUUGAGGGAUAAGCCGGCUCUUGAGAACGUUUUCGCUUCGACGAAAUUCGAUGCUGUCAUCCACUUUGCCGGACUUAAAGCAGUUGGCGAGAGUGUCCAAAAGCCACUGCUUUACUACGACAACAACUUAAUUGGGACAAUUGUCCUGUUUGAAGUCAUGGCUUCCCAUGGAUGCAAAAAGCUUGUGUUUUCAUCGUCAGCUACUGUCUAUGGUUGGCCAAAGACAGUCCCUUGCACGGAAGAGUUCCCCUUAUCUGCAACAAACCCUUAUGGACGAACUAAGCUUUUCAUCGAAGAAAUUUGCCGCGAUAUUUACCGAUCAGAUUCGGAUUGGAAAAUCAUAUUGCUUAGAUACUUCAAUCCAGUAGGUGCUCAUCCCAGUGGAGACAUUGGUGAAGACCCCCGUGGAAUUCCCAACAACUUGAUGCCCUUUGUGCAACAAGUUGCUGUUGGCAGACGGCCAGCCUUGACAGUUUUUGGAUCCGAUUACUCUACCAAGGAUGGAACAGGGGUUCGUGACUACAUUCAUGUUGUUGAUUUAGCUGAUGGACAUAUUGCAGCAUUGCGCAAAGUCGAUGAUCCCAGCAUAGGCUGUGAGGUUUACAAUUUGGGAACUGGAAAGGGUACUUCAGUUUUGGAGAUGGUUUCAGCAUUUGAAAAAGCAUCUGGACAGAAAAUUCCUCUUGUAAUGGCGGAGCGGCGACCGGGAGAUGCGGAAGUCGUAUAUGCCGAAACAGAUAAAGCAGAGAAGGAGCUGAAGUGGAAGGCAAAGUAUGGAAUUGAAGAAAUGUGCAGGGACCAGUGGAACUGGGCAAGCAAAAAUCCUUAUGGCUAUGAAGUUUCAGCCUCCAAAAACUGAGAAACCAUAUUUGCUCUCCAUCAUUAUGCUUCUUUUGCCACUUUCCCCACUCUUGAGUUUGGCAUCGAUGAUAUGGAAUAACCCGAAGCCGACCCUUUUUUCCGUUGCAGUGUUUUCAUUAACACUUGUUCUUUUUGGUCUUCUUCGGAGUCGGAAUGUAAACUUUUAAUUUAAUCCAUUAGUUUUCAUCUUCCACAUCAAUAUUUUGUUCUUGUUCUCUUUA